CGUGCAGAAGCUGGAGGUUAAUGGGCAUUCUCGGUCCGUCAGCGUUCCUGUGCGGCCUGGUGGUGGUGUGGGCGCUGGUGAGGCGGUGUUCGGGCUGGGCUUCUCACUCACGCCUGUUGAUACGCCCACAGAGGAGGCGGCGAGGGAGCUGGGUGCACUCUGAUCGGUCGAAUCUUGCUCAGGGUGAUUCUUGAGCACACUACUUCCCCCCACCCCUUUUCAAGAAAGAAAAAAAAAAAGGGGGGGGGGGGCUAUUGUUUUCCGAUUGUGAUACACGCGCAAAUGCCGUGGAGCUGCGACCUAGCGAUCUUGAUUGUGUUUUGGAAAGCGUGGCGUUGGAUACCCGGGAUUUUUUGUUCAUUGCGAACCCCACCCCCCAACCAUUUUCUUCUUGCGCCCCUAUUAUGUUAUUUUGGUUAAUUGCAUCCAUCUUUUGGGUGUUUCUUGUCUUGCAGUUGUGUCGAACACGAGCGAGCCAGGGGGGCGGGGCCGCUGGAGGAAAAAGAACGUAUUACAGCGAGCGAGCAUUGAUAAUAUCUUCAGUUCUUUGUUUGGAAAUGGAAGCGUCUUUGCAGGGCACUGGGACAGCCCUUAUUCACAAUGUGUGCCCAUUAUGGCUAUUAGUUGUAGCUUCCAUACCAAAUUUAAUACUCUCAUGG